CAAUAUAAAACGGGGUACAUCUUCGCAAAUUGUAUUCAGACGAUCACUGAACGUUGAAGGCCUGCUUCAGUACAAAUUAAAAACCAAUAUGUUCACUCUGGUAACAGUUACCUCAAUGGUUUUGGCCAUCGGCCUCUGUGGUCGUCUGGAGCCACAGUAUCUUCCCCCGCGUCCGCCGGGCGGAGGCGGAGGCGGUAGCGGUGGUAAUUUCGGCGCAGGUAGCGGAGCGGGCUUUGGAGCGGGUGGCGGUAGCGGGAGCGGAAGCGGCGGCGGUUUCGGCGCCGGCAGCGGAGCGGGAUUCGGAGUGGGCGGCGGCGGUGGCAGCGGCUCACAAAUACCCAUCACGAAAUUCAAAAACGUAAACAACGGUGAUGGCACGUACAGCUUUAAUUACGAAACUGGCAACGGCAUCUCAGCUCACGAGAGUGGGUCCCCUCGCGCUCAGGGUCCCGAGGGUCCCGCGGUGACGGCGGAGGGCGGGUUCUCGUACCGCGCGCCCGAUGGCCAGCAGAUCUCAAUCACUUACACCGCAGACGAGAACGGCUUCCACCCAGUGGGUCCUCACUUACCAACCCCACCUCCCAUCCCAGAAGAGAUCCUCCGCUCCAUAGAGUUCAACAAGCGCAAUCCCUCGUCUGAGGGAGCUUACAACCCUGGAUCCGGAGGAAGUGGCUCCGGUGGUGCCGGUGGCUUUGGAGGCUCUGGAGGCUUCGGGGGCUCCAGCGGGUCGGGCUCUUCUGGCGGAUCCAACGGCUAUCACUAUUGAUCUCAAUACUUUAAAGACGCUUACACAGUUACAGCUUAAGUUAUGUUUGUGAUGCAAGGAAGAUGUCGCUGAAUAUCUGCUGCUUAGAACUUAUUGUACUUACUACUAUGCAUAAUUCUGAUGUACAAUGAUUUUAUAGAGUCAUAUAUUCAGAGCAUAAGAAUAAGUAGAUAUUUUAUCUUAAGUUGUUAAAAUGUGACAGUGAACGAAAUUUUAUGGGAAUUGCUAAUUACUUUGUAGCCAUUUAAAAUCUUUACUGUAAUACUUUCUAUAAGAAUUAGUUUAUAACUUACAAUUAUUUAAAUCUACUUCUAACUUUAGAAUAAUAUGUUUCUUAUAGUUUCUAUUAAGUAUAGUAUUUUUUUAAUAAGCAUACAGAUCGAAGCGUACUGUGUCCCCGUACCCUCCGAACAUGAGAUCUAAGCAAUCAAGACGAUAAUUGCAUGACCUGAUUUUUGGACUGUGAUACCACGUAAUAAUUGAGCACUCACUAUAGCUUAUACAUAGUUUAUUUAUAAUAUUUGUCGCUGUGUUAAUACAGAUUUAUGUGAUGAAAUAAAAUGUAAUGAU